AUGCCACAUUUGUUGCACUUUCAACCAAAAAAAUCAGUUUUGAAGGAUAUACAGUCAGAAGCUGCUGGAACGUCGAAAGUAUCAUCAUCAACAGAUGCAUUAUCAUUAGCGGCAUCCCUAGGAAAUAAUGAUGACGAUAAUGAAAAGGAAAAUGAAAUUAAUAGCAACGACAAUACAACAAUAUUUGUUGAAAAAUUACCAGCAACAGUAACACUAGAUGAAAUUUACAAUUUUUUUACAAUAUUAGAGAUAUUGAAGUGGCAUGAUAAUACCACCGGUAAUAAAAAAAUGCAUUAUCAAGCUGGAAAAUAUUGUACAAUUACCUUUCGAGACAGUAAAACAGCGGCGUUAGCUGUUUUUCAAUAUGAUGAUCAUUUUGUUGAGAAAUUUGGUUCGACAAUAUCGGUCAAGAUGCUUCCACCAGGUACAGAUUAA